AUGGCUCAUGAUCAAGCUUCCAAAACCUUGUCGUCCGUUAACGUCGCAUCUUCACCUUUGAAACCGUCCGCCAUGGAAGCUUGCCGCAACGAAACUUUGCCGUCUAUCGACGUCGUCGCAUCUUCACCUUUGAAACCGUCCGCCAUGGAAGCUUGCGGCAACGAAACCUCGACGUCCAUCAACGUUGCAUCUUCUUCACCUUUGAAACCGUCCGCCAUGGAAGCUUGCGGCAACGAAACCUCGACGUCCAUCAACGUUGCAUCUUCUUCACCUUUGAAACCGCCAACGACUACUGAAUCAACUCGUGUUUUCAAUCAGACACCGGAGAAACAGCCGUUUAAUCUGAAGAAUCAAGAUCUAGUUCAAACCCAAAGCUCUCCUUCAAGACACUCCCUAGCGGUACCAUUACUCAGUUCAGUGUCGCAAGGCACUUCCAAGGAUGGGGGAAUCCAAAUCAUAACUGAGCAAGAUCCGAGAGUUCCUACGGUGAAUAUGCCAGCUCAAGUAACACCGUGGUCUGUUUACGUAAAAAGGUGCCAUGAAAUGAUACUAUUUUUAACGGCGUCUGCUUUGGCUUUCUUGCCAAUUCGUUAUAUGAUUCAUGAAUACACAAAGUGCGGCAGCAUCCUUUGUGUCCAACAUUACGUAGAAGGGGUUCAUACUUUACUGGGAGAUUUCAAGAAGCUUGAUCCUUUUAUUUUAUUUGCCUUGGCCUACGCUGGGUUCUACAUCUUGUCUUCGGGUUCCUUCUCACCCCCCACUGUGCGGAUUUUUGAGGCAGCGUCAAUAUUAUUGGGUUUCGGCAUGGUCUUUGUUUUGAUAUACUAUAUAUCAAUCAUUACUUUUUACGUAGGUCUGGCUUCAUUUGUUGUUUUAGUAGUAGCCGCUACGUUCCGUGAGGUCCUCCGUGCAUGAGAAGAAAUUUAAACUUUGAUGUUUAUGUGAUGUGAUGUUUUUUUUACAAGUUAAUGUCAGCAACAACAAAACGAUGUGUAUGUUUUCUUUUAAUACUUUCAGAUGAAUUUAAUAGCA